AAAAAAAACAUAGUAUGGCGAAUUUACCCCCAAUUUUACCAAGCUGUGUUUGUCUUGGACCCAUUGGUUCUGGUAAGACACUGUUACUUAAAAAGCUAAAAGGGAAUGAGGAAAUUGACAUAACAUCAACAUCAGUUCCUACUGUGGGGACCAACAUUACUACUCUUCAGUUACCAAAUGAGAAGGAAAUUGUGGUCCGCGAAGUUGGAGGAACUAUGGCUCCUUUGUGGACACAGUACUACCGAAAUAUUACUAAGAUAAUUUAUGUUGUGGAUGCGAGCAACCUUUGUCAAAUUGCAGCUGCCGGAGUGCUACUCUACACUGUGCUUGCAGACCCACAGCUAAAAAAUGCUAAGGUGCUACUUGUUCUUAGCAAAAUGGAUGUCUCAUAUCGCCAAAUGAGAAAUGAAGCUUUGCUCAUGUUACAAUUUGCAAGACUGCAGAGAGAAAUAUCACAACCUGUAACUGUAUUAGAGGCAAGUGCUAUCACUGGUGAAGGAUUGCCAGCCAUUAAAGACUGGCUUGCAGGAAUAAAGCCCCCUAUAAAUGUUAAAAAGUUGGCUAACUAAAGUAUACAUGUACACAAUGCUUUUAAAAUAAA